GGAUCGAUCUCACCAUGUCAGAGAGCAAAGGUUUAUUCGCUAUGUUUGGUGGUGCACCCGCACCAGCACCUAUCAAGAAGGCAUCAGAUAUUAAGACAAAAGAAGAACUUGCUCGAGAAGCUGCUUUCGCUCUCACUAAAAAGAAGACGGAAGAAACCAACAGUGGUGGGGGCGCUUGGAAGACAGCUAGUAAACGAGGCUCCAGAGGUUUGGCCUUGAAAGCUAGAGCCAUGGGAAAGUCAGUUACUGUCAAGGAAAACAAAAAUACAAUUGCUGAUUUUGAUGAAGAAGAUGUUUCUAUGGGUGGUAUGGGUAAAAAGAAGAAGCGAUACACUCCUUAUGGUGGCCGAGGCAGAACAAGAUCUGCUAAUGCACCUAACCUCAAAAACAAUGUUGAUAAGCGUGUAGAUAUCUUGAUUACAGGUUUUGAAGCAGGUACUGAAGCAGGUGUUGUACCUUUUUUAGUCCAGAAAUCAAAAAAGAGCUGGGAGCCUGUGGAGGUAAAGUUGGAUCAAGGCCAAAUGCUCUUGACAGUCAACGAUCCAGUCAUUGCUCGCAUCCUUGUUCGCUUAGAUGGUUACAUUUUCGGUGCUCAACAGCUUCGUAUUCGUUUAUACGAACAUUCUGCAUUACCAAUGACACCUGUUGUCGAUGCCAACAAUAAGAAACUAGGCACCAUGGAUAUUUUGCGUAACUUUUUGUUAAGUCGUUGGCAUUCUGAGGCUCGAUACUUGAAUCUAGAUGACAUGAGUAACGAUCCCAUCUUGAAAAAAUCAGCCAUCAAACCACCUGGUGCUCCUGGCGCAAAUGCUAUUGUGGGUCCUGCCAUGAUGAAACUGGCUGGGGAAAUGUUUGAUGAUGUUAUCACUAUCUCUUUUGCUCGCAAUCAACUGAAGAAUGUUCAGCCUAUUUCAACUCUGGCGCAGUAUUUGCCUAAUAUACAAAACAUCUCGUUUCAAGACAACUUGAUGAAGGAAUACGAAAGUUUGGAAGCUUUGAGUGGCACAGGCAAGCUAAAGAAUUUGAAAGAACUCUUGUUGGCUGGCAACCCCUUGCGUAAUUCUGAAAUCAAACAAAGAGGAAAUGAUCGUGCUUAUGUUCGUAACAUUGUCAAGCGCUUCCCCUCAUUAAUCUUGUUGGACCAUUUUCCUGUCACGUUGUCGGAAUCGGAGGCUGCUUCUAUACAUAAGACGGGUCGUGUCUUGCCAUUAGAUAAUCAGCCCAACUUUUUCGAUAAUGAAAUCAGUCAAGCCGCUGCUGUUGAUUUCAUUACAAAAUACUAUGGUUGCUUUGACUCGAAUAGAGCUGUAUUGGCCCCUAUUUAUGAUGGUAAUGCUGUCUUUUCUGUAGUAUCCAAUGUUAAGCUACGAGCUCAACAAAAGCUGAGAAGAAAGGAAAAGAAGAAAAUGAUGGACGAUGAAGAAAAGUCGACCUGGUCUAGCAUAAGUCGAAACUUGAUAGGCAAGUCAAAGCGACAAGAAGGUAAAGGCCUUGUAGUAGGCCCUGAAGCUAUUGGAAGCACCAUUGUUCGAUUACCAUCUACUAUUCACGACCUUACGAAAACAGAAGAUUUUGUUGUUGAUGCUCACCAAACACCCGUUGGUUUAUUAAUCAAUUUACAUGGCGAAUUUAAAGAAGAAGAAUCUACACCACCUCUUUCUUAUGAUCGCACGUUCCUUCUUCGACCUGCUACACCUGAUUCACCUGCAAUGGCUGCUGGAUGGCCCUAUGUCAUUAUGAACGACAUGUUAUGCGUUCGUGACUAUGUAGGCAACCAAGGAUUCAAGCCUCAGGUAGUUGUACCUAAAAGUAUCUUUAUUCCAUCACCAGGUCCAUAAACACUCCAUUCUGCAUUUACUACAUUCCCAU